UGCGGAGGCUGGAGUCUUCUUUUAUGGUAUUGCACAAGCGCGCUUGAUUGUAGGUUGCCAUAAUAGUAGAUAGAUCAUAAUACAAAAUAUUAUUUAAUCUAUAAUCAGCUAAUAGCGCUGAUUUAUUAACCAGAGUUAAGGCUGUAGAGCAAUGGCUAACCGAAACCUAAAACUGGCGAACAUUCAAAACAGCGCUACAUCCCCGCACACACAGAACGUAAAGCGCAGCACGGAAUCUCCAGGAGAUCCCAGUGAAAAGAUGGAGCCAUCCUCUCCAUCACCACGGGACCCCAGUCCUGCAAACACUGAGCCUCAAGAGAUGACUCUAAACCUCACGAACUUUAGAAGACCGGGGGAGAAAACAUUCACUCAGCGAUGCCGACUGGUUGUUGGUAAUCUCCCAUCAGAUAUGACGGAAGAAGAUUUCAAGAAGCUGUUCUCCAAAUACGGGGAAGCAAACGAGGUGUUGAUCAAUCUAGACAGAGGAUUCGGCUUUAUACGCCUGGAAACAAGGACACUUGCAGAGAUCGCUAAGGCUGAGUUAGACGGCACAAUGCUGGGGAACAGACCGAUUCAAAUUCGCUUUGCCACACACGGGGCUGCACUGACAGUACGAAACCUGUCUCCAGUGGUGUCAAAUGAGCUGCUGGAGCAGGCCUUCUCACAAUUUGUGGUGGUUGAUGACCGAGGCCGACCCACAGGGAAGGAAAUUGUGGAGUUUGCCAGUAAGCCUGCUGCCAGGAAAGCCUAAAGUGGCCUGGACCGCUAUUGAGCAUCUAUGGAAGGAGCAUGCAGUCUGAGCAGGUCCCCUCGUCCAGUCAUUAUUGAGCCAACAGAACAGAUUGAUGAUGAAGAUGGGAUGCCAGAAAAGCAGUUGCAAAAAUCAGCGCAAUAUCACAAAGAAAGGGAAUAUCAACCACGCUUUGCACAGCCAGGAACCUUUGAAUUUGAGUACUCAUCUCGCUGGAAGGCUUUGGAUGAGAUGGAGAAACAGCAGAGGGAACAAGUCGAACGGAACAUACAAGAAGCAAAGGAGAAAUUGGAGGCUGAAAUGGAGGCUGCCAAACAUGAGCAUCAACUCAUGAUGAUGAGACAAGAUCUAAUGAGACGUCAAGAGGAACUGCGUCGCUUGGAGGAACUCAGGAAUCAGGAGCUGCAUAAACGCAAGCAGAUUGAAAUGAGGCAUGAAGAAGAGAGACGUAGGCGUGAGGAGGAUAUGAUGCGCCAUAGAGAACAGCUUGACAUGAGACGGCAACCAGAUGGAUUCAAGCCCAGUUUCAUGGAGAAUAGAGAACAGGAUACGAGAAUGAAUGAAAGGGGGACCCAUGGAACUAUUAAUAUGGGAGAUUCAUUUAACCCUGUCGCUGUGGUUAGUGGUAACCCCUCACAAAUGGGCAUAGCAGGCCACAUUGGAGCCAUGGGGCCAGAUGCAUCAUCGAAUAUGGGAACUUCCCUGAUUCCGGAUAAUGGAGUUAUGCACAAUGAUCGAUUUUCUGAAGGUGGACCUCUUCAAAUGGGUUCCCCAGUAAGUGGGCAGCCUGGUGUUGAAUCUCCUCAACAACAGCAGCACUCACCGAUGAUGGCUGGGGCAGGUCCUGUUCCUGGUGUAGUUGGCCAAAGUGGUUUUGUGAGAGGAAGUCCAGUUGGGGGACACUUUGAUGGGCCUAACAACAAGCGACAUAGAUACUGACAUUUCUUUUCCCUAGUAAUUGUGCUUACGUAUGUUCAGAUUGAACCACCUUGACUCAUUACUGAUGUAUAACCAUAUAUUCUUUUUCCCAUCGCCUUUUUCUGAAAAACCAUUUGUCUAAAAUGGGUAGAAAUGGCAUGAGUCUGGUCCUGUGUUAAUGUGAAACAUUGUCAUAAAUGAUUAAUGCCAUUGAAUCAGCUUGUACUUGACAAAAUGUCCUAAGGCAGUUGUAGAUUGCUUGCAACUACUGUAUUUGUUUAUCUUAUUUUAAUAUCUGACAUUAAGCCAUGAUUUUAUUUUUUUAAUUUUUUUUAGAAUAUUUAGAGGUUUUUGUUUUAGAAUAUCAGUCCUUGAAUAAAAUGUUUCAAAAAACA